AAGAAGAAGCUGCAGUAAAGCCACGCAGCGCCAGCAGCAGGACAGGGCUUCAAAGCGGUCAGCUACUGAAUAGCGCACACCAUCGGCUUCAGCUCUCCCCAUACCCCGUGUAGGACCCACACUUACCAGUUGGAGGUCAGCUCCACCAAUCCCACCCCAGCAGCCAUGGCAGAUGACGCAGACAUGCGCAAUGAGCUCUCGGACAUGCAGCAGCGUGCCGACCAGCUGGCUGAUGAGUCACUGGAAAGCACUCGUCGCAUGCUGCAGCUGGUGGAAGAGAGUAAAGAUGCUGGUAUCAGGACUUUGGUUAUGCUGGAUGAGCAAGGAGAACAACUGGAGCGCAUCGAAGAGGGGAUGGACCAAAUCAAUAAGGACAUGAAGGAUGCAGAAAAGAAUUUGAACGAUCUAGGAAAAUUCUGUGGUCUUUGCUCCUGUCCAUGUAACAAAAUGAAGAGUGGAGGCAGCAAGGCCUGGGGCAACAACCAGGAUGGUGUGGUGAACAGCCAGCCUGCCCGUGUGGUUGAUGAGCGGGAACAGAUGGCCAUCAGUGGAGGUUUCAUCCGCAGGGUAACAGAUGAUGCCCGGGAAAAUGAGAUGGAUGAGAACUUGGAGCAGGUGGGAGGCAUUAUUGGUAACCUGCGCCAUAUGGCCCUUGAUAUGGGUAAUGAGAUUGACACCCAGAAUCGCCAAAUUGACAGGAUCAUGGACAAGGCUGAAUCCAACAAGACCAGGAUUGAUGAAGCUAACCAGAAGGCCACAAAGAUGCUUGGCAGUGGUUAAGCAUCUGAAUUGCCUGCUUUUACUAACCGUGCAGUUUGUGAAAAGGCACAAACAUGCUUUUAUCUUGGUAUUUACCUUCUAGGUUUGCACACAUGCACAUAUCACCCCUACAUUGUAAAUGUUGUUCUGUGUGCUGUCUGUCAGCUUUUUCAAUGAUAGUCCUCGUAAAAUGAUUUCUUAUACUCUGUAUCAUUCUUUCCAAAGGUUGUAUAUAGUGCUGGCUCGAUGGCUCUAGCUCACUUGUGAAGUUUUUAUUAUUUUUUUUUGUCACCUAUAUAUGUACGUGUAUAUAUGUGUAUAC